AUGAACAUUAAAAUGAUACUCAUUCCAUACAAAUGAUCCGAUUAUAAUCAAAUCUUUUGAUAUUUCAUUGAUCAGUUAUGUAAUAUUUUUUUCAUCCCUCUGGCUACUGGUGAACCCGAUUACAGAACAACGGAACUACAACAGAUAUUUGGCACUGUUUAAGGGGCAAACAGAAAAAUAUCGACACAUACGCGUAGUUUUUACCGGCAAGGAGGGAGCCGGGAAGACUACCCUAUGUCUCCGUCUUAGGAAUAAAAAUGUCAACCUCCAACUUCGCCAACCAACAGAAGGGGCUGUUUUACACCCCGUAUGGUUCUCCAUCAAUUGGAAAUCCAAGACGUGGAAACACACUGAUGGGCAAUCCCUUGAUGAAGUGGUUAAAGCACGCAUGGGUGUAUUGAUGGAGAUAAUGAAAUCGUCAGGUAAAACAAUGGAGUUCGCAGACAAAGCAGUGGGGUCAACUAGUUCAUCGGAUAAGUCUAAAUACAAUCCAGAGAGAAGAAAUGAGGCUUCAGCUGUUCGGGGAGCUUCACGUAAUUACGGUUCCGAUGACGCGUUUCUGUCGUUGUGGGAUAUGGGAGGACAUAGGUCAUUUCAGGCUUCACACAAUGUCUUCCUCUCUGCGCACGGUGUAUACCUAUUAGUCUUCAGACUCACAGAUUUUCUCAGAGACAAGCUGGAAACUGAUCGACUGAAGAGGUGGAUCCGAUUGAUUGGCACAUUUUCCAAAGACGAAUUAACUGCUCCAAACCUCCGUUCAAAAAGGAUACAAGCACCUCCGAUUAUCUUUGUCGGUACAUUCCUUGAUGAGCUAAAGAAAGAAUACAAUAACUACAAGAAACAAAUAGCAAGCAUAAACAGGAGCAUCACGAAAUUUCCAGAACUGUCAAGUCUCCAUUUUGUGAGGUUCUGUACAGUUGAUAACAGCCUCAGCAAUGAUCAUAGAGAACUUCACAUAUUGCGAGGCUUCAUCACAGAGGCUGCGGAGCAUCAGGAUCAAUGGGAAAGAGAGCUUCCUACUACGUGGUUAAAGUUAGAAUUGGAUCUGUAUCAAGCUAGGGAAACGGGAACAAAGAUACUGACACUGGAGGAGGUUGUAAACAUGAACAAAACAUCGCUGGCCCCAUUGAAGGAUGAAGAUGAGAUCAAACUUGCCCUAGAGUACCUUCACAGCAUCAGGUCUGUGAUAUAUUUCCGGGAAUUCGACUACGUCAUCAAUGACCCACAAUGGCUCGCUGAUUUCUUCAGUAUCCUGAUUACCGAUGACUACUUUCUCCCAAGCUAUGACCCACUGCUCAACCGAGACUUGGAGUUGUACAAAACCAAGGGCGAGUUAACUCAGAAGUUGAUCAAAGGUCUCCUCUGUAUGAAGAAGAAUGAAGCUUAUGCUCCCUUCGAGUCCAUUCUCCUCGCUCUGAUGGAAAAGUUUGGACUGAUAGUGAAAAUACUGCUGUCGGAACACGCCACAGAAAAUACACAAUUCAGUGCGACGUAUACUAUUCCAAGCAAACUUUCGGAGCUUCAAAACAUCGACGGGAUUACCGAUGAGGUUAAUGCACUUAAGCACAGAAAUCUUGCUGUCUCUAAAACGUUAUGUUUCGUGUUUGGUGACAUUUAUGUACCAUACGAACUGUUCCACAGAAUAUUUGCCAAGAUCCUUAGGACGUAUAGAGCAACUUCAUUGUCAGCACGAAGCUUGGAGGAAGCUGCUGAAGGUGGCGAGUCGACGGCAGAGACUACGGAUUGUCUCUAUAUGGAUUUUGGGUGUUUUGAGGUCAACGACAUUUUCAGAAUAAUAUUGUCCAUGCACGCAGAGAGGUCAACCAUUGCCGUGACAGUGUUCAGUCCCACAGAAUCUCGGCUUCCGGUAGAGUCUGGAAAAAACCUGCGGCUUUCAAUCGAGCGUAUUCUUCGGGAGACAAUGAAAAUGAGUAAUCAAGAACACUUUCAUUACUCACACCAGCUACACUGCAACUUUCAUUUGAGCCCAUACGACACCCCAGUACAGCUGUACGGCAUCAUCCACUCAGAAAGGGGCGUGUCUUGUAAAGGCGGAGAAUGUCAAGGGCAACAUCGUCUGUCAAGAGAUGAUAUCGAGUAUUGGGGCAUCACAGAGGUGUCUACAAGGACUGUUAUCCUGGCAGGUACAGCGUUAGUCGAUAAGAAUAUUCCAGAAAGAAGACCAACACCCCGGGAACUUGGUCGUCUGUCACGUCUAGUUGGUGCGUCCUCUUGUGAGAUGUUGUUUAUUGAGCUAGGUAUUUCUGGUCCAGAAAUCGAACAUGUCAAACAGGAGUCAUCGAGAUUGGCGGCAAUCACCCAGAUCACCAAGAUGUUUUUAAGAUGGACAAACGCCUACCCAAAUCAAACGUUCAAUGACAUUGCAAAUGCUAUGAAAAAUGUUAAAAUGGCAAUUGACCGCAUUCCUGAAGUGAUCGAAGUGAACGAGGAGUCAUCCUGUCGAGGUAUUGUUCCAAAUGAAGUAUGGAGCAGAGCGCCAUCUGAUGAUGAAAUAACAGAAAUCGUAGACAACAUUGACAAAGCGUUCUUCAACCUGUGUCUUGAGCUUGGGUUGUCGCCUCCAGUUAUCGAUCAACACGUUCUUUGCCAUCCUGUCAACUUCCAGGACAGAAUGGGUGCCCUCCUUCGAUGUUGGAUAAAGAAAUUCCAACGACAGGCAACUAUAGGCAGGUUGCUGACAGCGAUGGAAGUGUGUCAGAUGGACUGGCAUACAACGGCACAAAUAUGGUCAAGAUGUCAGGAGAAGCCCACUACACAUCACCGAAGACGGCACAGAUUAAAGUGUUCAAUUGUUUAAAUGAAGAACACAUUGAAAAUUCUCGGAUUAUCAAAGCAAUUCUGAGGAGUUAAAAUGUAUUUGUUUUGUUAAUGAGGAAUAUCAUUACCAUGUUAAUGAUAAUUCUACCAGGAGUACCGCGAAGCAUAUAAAUUUAUGUUUGUACUGUGUACAACAAACAUAAUGUUUUAUACCAGAUCUGUACAAUUUUUAUCAUUAUCAAUGGCAAUAUUAAUUUUUAGUUACUAAUGCCAUAUGUUUGCAGUAUGCGUUGACAAGAUUGGGUCAAAGGAUUAUAAAUACAUCUUCGCCUGGCUUCCUACCCUCAGUCUGUCUGUCCACCUGACGUUGUAAAACCCUCUCCUUCCAUAUUUUGCUGGGUCUAAUUCAUGCCUUUGUACAUGGCUUAAAUGAUGGUCUUUGAUACCGUAAAGCAUGGAGCCAAUCAACUCUAUCAAAAUGAAAAUGAGCCUCAUUUUGAAAAUUAACAUAACUUAGGUUUGAAUGAUUCUGUACAAAUAAAGGACUGCUUAUCUUGACAGUUGAACAUAAUAUAUUAACGCUGAAAGUGGAAUUUCGUUUUAUUUGAACUUAUAAUUACAUUACCAGUGAAGCCUUGAACUAUUGAUUCCCGGUCCCUCGUACAUCUGACCGUUCGUCUAUCUGCUAUUCCUUAUAAAUCUGUGAAGCUAAUUACUUCCUCCACAAUUUUGCACGAGAUGACUUUUAGAUUUUUGCAACACAGUUUCUGUUCGACGGAUGUGAGUAUGCCUUAGACAUAGUUCAAUUACAUUAUGAAGAUGUGAAACGUAAUGAUAUGCUUAUUAUCCAAUUACAAAAUGUAAAAAAAAUGUAAGAGAUUGCGGGAGCAAGCAGAGGAUUUUUUAAUAACUCUAAUAAUUUCAUUUAUUUCAAUGAUGUAGUGUUCCAUUUUGUAUAUAUAAAAAGUUUAUCGUGCUAUUUUUGCUGUUAUAAACAAGUUGGAUUUUAAGCAUCUGACAAAUUUUCUGUCAGCUUGGUGUAAUUUACGACGCAAUUAAAGGAUACCAUUAUAUACCGAUUAAUUACUUACUGCAGUUCACCUUCCCAAUUACAAACCACGAACUAACAUCAAUCUGAGUGUCUGCCAAAAUGACAUACCAUGCGCAAUCAAAAUUUCCACUUUUCUGAUUACCAUUUCAUUUUAUUAUAACAUUUUACGCACUUUUAAUUGUUAGGUUAAUAAAAGGAAUGCCUAUUUUUUAUCAACUGUAGAGGUUAUUGUAAUUUAACUUAUUAUGUAUAUAAAAUUAGUAAAUUGUUUGUCAUUAGUCAAUUUUAAUUAACUAGAAUGGAAUAUCGUUCCUUCCUAUUUCAUGAUAAUUAUGUUAAUUACAAGCACAUGUUUGUAAGAUUUUACAAAACCAGUCAUCAUUUAUUUGGAAUUGACUAAUCAACCAUGUUUGGUAAAAAAAAGCCUUAUACACGUAGUAUGUAAAAACAAUGAAUAUGCAUUCUGUUUAAUUAAGGCGUUUUAAGUAGUUUGUUUAAUAUGAUGUUGUUGUUUUUCC